AUGAUAAAUGGACAAAAACAAAUGAGGGUUUUGUUUGGUUAUCAAGAGGUGCUUGAGAUCGUCGUCAAUGGAAUUACGCAAUUAGGGACAGAGGCUACCGACAUUCAAAGAGCUACACACAAAGAAGAGAAGAAGAAGGAUUACAAAGCCCUAUUCUUGAUUCAUUCUUGUGUUGAUAAUAACAAUUUCGAGAAGGUUGGCGAUUGUGAAUCGGCGAAGCAAGCAUGGGAAAUCUUGGAGAAAGCAUAUGUCGAUGCCGUCAAAGCGAAGAUUGUAAGGUUACAAACUUACAAGCGACAAUUCGAGUUAACACAAAUGGAAGAUAAAGAAACGAUCAACGACUAUAUUACACGCAUUACCCGGUUAGUUAAUCAAAUCAAAUCUUGUGGGGAAACGAUUCUUGAGCAGAAUGUUGUAUCGAAAGUAUUGCGUUCGUUAACGCUGCGUUUCGACAACAUAGUUGUGGCUAUUGAAGAAUCAAAGGAUCUAACAACUUUGAGCAAAGAUGAAUUGCAAAGUUCGUUAGAGGCACAUGAACAAAGGAUGGAUGAGAGAGGCGCCGACAAAGCCAAAGCGGAGAUUGCUUUGCAAGCGCGUUUCAAUGAGAAGAAUAAGAGGUCGAAAGGAAAAUUUACGGCGAGAGGUCAAUCAAAUUUUCAGAAUUUUGGUUCAAAUGAUUCGCAAAAUUCAAAGCAUUCGACGAGUGAAAAGGGUGAAUGUAGCUCCAAUGAUAGUGGUCAUAGCAAUGGUUUCAAGAAGCGUGAUGUGAGUAAGGUUCAAUGCUACAAGUGCAGAAAGUUUGGACACUUUGCAAAUUCGUGUCGUGGUAAAUCGAACGAGAAUCACAAUAAUGAAGCCAAGGUUGCUAGGGAAGAGGUAGAUGAUGAGGACACACUUCUAGUAAUGAUCACGGAGGGGAGUUAUGGCAUUACGGAUGUUCCGGGCAGCAGCUACAGCAGUGAAAGUUUGCGGGACAACAGUUGUACUGUUCCGGAAAAUAGCGAGAAAAUGCAUUCGGAUUGA